AUGGAGGAGCAUAGAGCAGAGGAGUACUCUCUUGAAUUACUCUCUGAUAAUGACACAAAAAAGGUCUAUUUUAUAGGUGACGUCUGUACAAUAGGAACAAGUAACAAAUCAGACGUGAAAGUCUCACACACAGAGACAUUAGAAUGUGUAAUAAAUUAUAAGCAGGACUCAUUAAGGGUCAUAACAGGAAAAAUAAAAAUGAACGGGGAGGUAAUCACAGAACAAGUAAGGAUCCAUUACCCCUGCAUAAUAGAAGCAGCCAAUAAGUUAUUUAGGAUAACAAAAACAGUAAAAGACCAAAAACCCGACUUAACCCGAUUUUCAAAACCAGAAAAUAAUUCAGAAAAUAAUUCAGACGAGUACAGCGACAACACAACAGAAUAUAAUACACAUACCAUAAAAAAUAAUGAUUCAAUAUUAAGUGAUGCGGAUAUAAACGAGUGUCAGUUAUACACAAAAGAAGCAAUGGAAACAAUUUCAAACUUCUGGGGUGACAUAGAAUUUGACUCAAACGACUUAUACUCAGACAAAGAAUUAGAGCCAGAAAUGUACUCAGACACAGAACAAGCAGAAGAAGAGGCAGAAGGAGUACAAGUAGAAGAAGGAGCAGAAGGAGUACAAGUAGAAGAAGAGGCAGAAGGAGUACAAGUAGAAGGAGCAGAAGGAGUACAAGUAGAAGAAGAGGCAGAAGGAGUACAAGUAGAAGGAGUACAAGUAGAAGGAGUACAAGUAGAAGGAGCAGGUGAGGAAGCGAACGAGUCAGUUAAUGAGUCAGUUAAUGAGUCAGUAGGAGUGCAUGAGUCAGUUAAUGAGGUAGAAGGAGUACAAGUAGAUGAUAUAAUGAACGGGAUAGAAGGAGCAGAUGAGGCAGGUGAGGUAGAAGGAGUGCAAGAGGAAGAAGCGAACCAGUCACUGAAUGAGUCACUAAAUGAGUCACUGAAUGAGUCACUGAACCAGUUAGUUAAUGAGUCACUGAACGAGUCACUGAAUGAGUCACUAAAUGAGUCAGUUAAUAUAAUAAUGAAUGAGUCAGUAGGAGUACAUGAGGUAGAAGGAGUGCAUGAGUCACUGACUAAGCCAGUAAAUGACUUAUUUAAUGAGUCAGUGAAUGAGUCUAUUAAUAUGACAAACGAAUCAAUUAAUAUAAACCAGUACAUCAAUGCAACUAAGACAGCGAACGAGUCAGUCAAACAGACAGCGAACGAGCCUAUUAAUAUGAGCGAGUCAGUCAAUGAACCAGCGAUCGUGAGCGAGUCAGUGGAUGAAUUACCCAUCGAGUCAGUCAAUGAACCAGCGAUCGUGAGCGAGUCAGUGGAUGAGUCAGUCAAUGAGCCUAUUAGUGCGACUGAACCAGCGAUCGUGACUGAGUCAGUCAAUGAACCAGCGAUCGUGACUGAGUCAGUCAAUGAGCCUAUUAGUGCGACUGAAUUCCCGAUCGUGACUGAGUCAGUGGAUGAGCCUAUUAGUGCGACUGAACCAGCGAUCGUGACUGAGUCAGUCAAUGAGCCUAUUAGUGCGACUGAAUUCCCGAUCGUGACUGAGUCAGUGACUGAAUUACCGACUGAACCAGUUACUAUUAAUGAGCCUAUUAAUACGACCGAGUCAGUGACUGAGCCUAUUAAUAUUAAUAAUACAGAAUAUAUUACACAUUGUGUAAAUAAUAAUAGUAUAGAGAAUAUUAACCAUAAACCACCAAAAAAAGAGGUAUUUCCUUCUGUUGCAAAUACACCACGUAAAUCAAUCCGUAGAGCAUCAAUUUCCCACCAAAUCCACCAACAAAAUGAACAAAUCCUGAAAGAAACCUAA